AUGCCUCUGAUUCUCAAACCAAUCGACAAUCAUGAAACUGCGUCCUGGGGCCUGAGUAUCAGCAGCUCAGACUUCCAGAAGCUCAAAAGCGGUUUCAGCCCCAUGUCUAUGGAUGAUAAAUGGGUCAUCAGGGCUAUGGAGCCAGAUCAGAACGGCAACAUCACCGUCCACUAUGCCCGAAGCUGGACAGGGGCCCAGUUCUAUAUCCUCACUCUGAAGCCAGCAGAAAAUAAUUGUGCUGUGGUUGAAACUAUCACAUGGCGGCGUGGUCAAAAUGCUGGUGCCACCCCGUCGAGCAAACAGGCUCGGAAAGAGACUGUUAUUCUCUCUAGAAUGUUGCUUGGAUGCCAGUUUGAAUCACUUCCACACUACGAUUCAUCGAUUUUCUGGAACCCCCAAGAUGAUGAAAGUGAUGAUUAG